GUAUGUGGGUGUGCGUACAGUACUUGUGUGUAUGUGUACACCAGACACUCAUCCAGACUGGGUUGUGGGCAGUUUGAUUGUGUUUAGGUGCAUCCCUUUUUGCAUGAGUGGGUAUUUGCAAAUGUGUCCAGGCUCCUUUUUCCAAGUUAAUCCUUUAAGAAGAGGUGUGGUUCUCUCUCUGUCUCUCUCUCUCUCUCCCUCUCCCUCUCUCUCUCUCCCUCUCUCUCUCUCUCUCUUGAGCGCGCUCUGUGUUCCCUCUCCUCUCUGUCCCUCGUUCUCAAAUGCAAUUUCAUCACACGCUUCCUCGCUCCUCUCAUCUCCCCCUCGCAUCUUUUUCUCGUUCUGUUGCUAUUGCUGUGGCGGCUGGUCUGGGGGAGUUCUUGCUCUCAGCUUGUUGUCAUCUCCUCUCGUCUGCUGUCAUUUCGGCGUGAGAUGAGUUCUUGUGGCGAGAUGGAGGAGGCCAUCGAGCUUAGUACCAGGGAGCACGUGACCCCGGAGAUGAACAAGCUUCGUCAGAGCCUGAGGAGGAAGAAGCCCACCUACGUGCCAGAGGCCAGCAGACCCCAUCAGUGGCAGGCUGACGAGGAGGCGGUACGCAAGGGCAAAUGUAACUUCGCUGUUCGGUACCUGGGGUUGGUGGAGGUGGAGGAGUCGAGAGGGAUGCAUGUAUGUGAGGACGCAGUGAAGAAGCUAAAAGUUAGCGGGAAGAAGACAGUAAAGGCAGUGUUGUGGGUUUCCGCUGAUGGUCUCAGGGUGGUCGAUGAAAAAACAAAGGACCUCAUCGUGGACCAGACCAUAGAGAAGGUUUCAUUCUGCGCUCCUGACCGAAACUAUGACAAGGCCUUCUCCUACAUCUGCAGAGACGGGACCACCAGACGCUGGAUGUGCCACUGCUUCAUGGCUCUCAAAGACUCGGGGGAGAGACUGAGCCAUGCAGUUGGCUGUGCCUUCGCUGCUUGUCUGGAGAGGAAGCAGCGCAGGGAGAAGGAGUGCGGCGUGACGGCGUCCUUUGAUGCCAGCCGCACCUCAUUCGUUCGCGAGGGCUCCUUCCGUGCAAACUCCGCGUGCAACCAGCAGGGCAGCAGCAGCGAGCGGGAUGACAAACUGCAGGACAAGAAGAAAGCAGACCAGCCCUCUGGCAUCCCAGCUCUCCCACCUGGCUCCGCCUCCCCGCCCGAGGGUGCAGCGUCCCCCAUGGACCGCCAAGAACCAGGUGGGCCUCACGCCAUCCCUCGCCGCCACGCGCCCAUCGAGCAGCUGGUGCGUCAGGGCUCGUUCCGGGGAUUCCCAGCACUCAGCGGGAAGAACUCCCCCUUCAAGAGGCAGCUGUCGCUCCGCCUCAACGACCUGCCAUCCACUCUGCAACGCAAGACUGACUUCCAGGACAAGAACCCUGAGAUGGAUAUGGGGUUGCCAGAUGAGGGAGACUGUUGCAUCAAUGCCCUGUGUAGCCAGAUCAACACCUCCUUCACCCAUCCAUCGGAGGAGCUUUUUUGCAACCCCUCCAUGUCAGUGAACGGCCCUCCAACCGGAACUGUGCCCCCUGUACUGCCCCCACCGCCUGCACCGAUGCAGGCCAACUCCUCCUGGGUGCAGCCAGAGCCUCCACACCACUCUCCUCCUCCGUCUGUGGCAAUGCAGAUGCAAAGCGGACACAGACGCACACCAUCCGAGGCAGAACGAUGGCUGGAGGAGGUCUCGAAGGCCAUCAAGGCUCAACAGAGCCCUCCCCCAGGCCCCACUAUCCCCAUCAUCCCUGGACCGCCCACAAUGUCGAUUCAUCAGAUGUCCAGUCAGACAGCCAUGUCAGCUGCCCCAGUGUCCACUGUCUCCAUGGCCCUUGGCACCAUGACCAAACCUCUCAUCUCGGGCACCUCUGUCCUCUCAAGUCAGGCCUCAAUGCCCCUUCCACCCAUGUCGAUAUCAUUAGUUCCUCUAAUACCAGGCCCUCCAGUGUCAGGGCCUCCUAUGUCCCUUCCUUCCAUGUCAAUCCCCACGAUGUCCGGUCCAAGCAUGUCUGGGGCUCCCAUGAUCCAGCCAUCUCAUCCUGGGCCCCCAGGCUCCCUUCCAAGCUCCAUGCAGCCCUUCCCCUUGGCUUUUGAUGCUUGCCCGGCCGCUGUGGGAAUGUUUGCCAGCCAGCCUGUUCAGCAAGCAUUUGUGCCCAUGCAGACCUACAUGCCAGGCCUGGCCAGCAGUAUGACCUACCCCAACGCUAGUGUGCCUGUCGUGGGCAUUACGCCAUCGCAAAUGGUGGCCAAUGUGUUCUGCACCGCCACAGGUUCAUCAGGUGCAGGUGGAGCCAUAGGCUCGGCUGGAGGAGGACCCAAAGUAGGGGCACUCGGAACGGUUGGCCAGCACCAGUCUUACCAAGGAGCACCUGGUGCAGUCGGUUCCACUGGUGGGUUUUCCACACCACCAUUCUCUUCCACGCCGCCAUUAUCAUCCGCUAUCAAUGGCCUCCCACUACAUAGCAGCGCCAUGAUGAACCUCCAGAAUGGGACGUCCAACAGUGGCGGGAAUGGUGGCAGCAGUAGCAGUUGGCCACCAGAGGGCAGCCAGCUAACAGCUCCAGUGGCUAGCAAUUCUCAAGAUGAUGAUCGCUUUGAGGCCAAGUGGGCAGCACUGGAGACCAAACCAGCGACUCAGCAACCAGGAAAUAAGGCGCCUGCUGCAGCAGCGAACCCAUUUUCCAACAAUCUACAGAAGACUUUUGAAAUUGAGCUCUAAGACAAACUCGGCCUCCCAAAGCUGUAAGGGUAGUCCUGGAGUUAAAGCCUGAGUAAGAUAGGCACUAAAGGUCCCUACAGUUAGCCUAGCAUCUGACCUGUGGCCGCCUAGCAACUUGUUAAAAUAUCUGAACAGAGGCAGUACUAUUAUGAUAUUAAUUGCUUUCUUUACACUCCCAUGAGAGCUUGUGCGAAGGUUGGCAGGUUGUUAGGCAGCCAUUGGAGGAUCAGGCACCAGACUGGAUUGACUGAAUCUUUCAACUCCACCUGCUACAUCCUCUAUUCCCUGCUUUCACCGCUCCACUCUGGCUUUACUUUACCUGCUGCAAGUCCCUGGAUGUACUGUACACGCCCCUUUGAGAACACUGUGGGGGCACAGUUCAGCAGUUUCUUUCUCUAAAAGGGGACUCCACUCGGAUGCAUUCCAAUUCUUUGAGAUGUUUUUGGCAGAUUGGUUUCUGGUGGAGAUGCAGUUGAUUGAUUUCUGGACUUAUGAUCAGACUUUUGCUGAUCUUAGCCAUGCACAGCGGAAGCUUGGAUACCUGAAAUGACUAGCCAAUGAUGGAUGACCUGACCUGACUAACCCAAAAGGACAAACUUACCAAUAGUAGAGAUUUAUGGCCAAAAUUAUUUUUAUUUAUUGUAUUUUAUUUUUUAUUUUAACAAGUUAUAUAUACUUUAAAAUCAAUUUGAAAGCAGUGUUUCAGGAGGGUUGUUUUUUUUAUAUCCCCCAUAUUUAUUUUUGUUGAACCUUAAAGAGGAGGGAAACUAUUUUGGUAGCAAACAAGUUAAACAUAUGACUGCACAGCAGUAGAGGGAAAUCAUUGCGGGAAACUGAGUCAUGUAACAAGAACCAAAAAGCCAGGCCUGACAGUACAGCAGUGUGUAGUGAGACGUGUGGAACUUUAAGUGUAUAUAGCGGCAUGUUUCUUCCACCCGUUGGCCCUCACGUAUAUAUGCUCCACUGCAGCUGAGGUCAGGUGGGUCAGUGUGGCUUCACUUUGGCUCCGUAGCUCAUCUGUGUUGCUAACGCCUUUCUUAAAGGGCACUAGGACAUGAAAAAUCACUUCAGGAUAUCCAGCACACAGACACUCUGGACAAUACAGCACAACCGUCCUUUGGACUCCGACAUCAUCUCCAGACAAACCCAAGAACUCGAACAACUCAGUGGAAAUGAAAUUUAAAAAAAAUAAUCUACAACACUGUGCAACUGGUUGAAAAAAAGAUGCACUACAUUCCAACUUUCAUAAAUCCUCAAAUAUGUUCAAACACAGGGUAUAGUCUCAUCACGUACAGUAUGAUUGUGUAUUCACCUUUGGUAUACUGCUGGAUCCGUUGCAGUGGUACUGAAGAGGAACAUGAGCAAACAUAGACUGAGGCAUGACAACUGAAACAACCAAAAAUCAGUGAAUGAGAUCUGUUACAGAACUAUGAGAGAUAACCGAGAUUGGAUUUAUAGAUUAGCAGAUAGAGAAGAAGAAGAAGAACAGCUGAAGAAUAAAUGUCUAGAGGAAAAAAGGGAGGUAAACCUGUAUGUGUGAGACUGAAGGAGAGAAUGGAGUUAUACCUUUAAAAAACGAGAUGGAGGAAGUCUGAAGGAAGGAAAAAGAGAAAAUAUGCCAGGAAAAAGACAGAUUGUGUGAAAAUAUUAAGAAUAAACACGCAUUCAGUUUACAGAGUGCUGUCUGCCAUUUUUAAAUCCUUUCUUUUGCCUCAAGGUCAAAAACCAGUCCCGACUUCAGCAUCAUCUCCUCAACUCUUCAAACUCACAAACAAAACGUUUCAUUAUAUUUCAAAGAAAUCUUGCUUUCUAUAUAUUACAAUUUCAUACACAGUAUGUACAACUCCCUAUAUAUAAAAUUUUAUUUAUUAAAGAAUUCUGUGUUGCUGCCUUGAGUCAUACAAGUCCAGGUCUAUUCAAGAGGAAGAAGAAAUGUUCUUUCUCAAAGGGCUUUUUCCACAGGUUGUUUCUGUAUGUUAUAUAACCUGUAAUCCGGCCAGAGAUCCUGUUAUGUUUCCUGGGAAUUGAAUUGUAUGGAUAUGAAUUGCCACUGAUUAGGUUUUCAGCUCAUUAAUGCCCCACAGUUUACUGGCUCUCUUCCUGCGCCAGUGAUCCCCUCUGGCAGUCUGCUUUCUCAGAGGUCCUACAUUUCUGUGCCACCGGCCUCAUUUACACCAUCUCGGUUUCCUCCCAGGGUUUUCAAUCAAUACUUCUUCCCAUUUCAAACCACUCCAAACUGCUCCCUCUAUCAGGCAAAGACAGAUUCCCUCAUGAAAUCAAUGCUUUUGUUUUCGCUGAAAAUUUAUUUUAGCCUUCCACUAUUGUUUGCGCGUCCUCCAAAUUUAUAAAUGUGGGUUAAUUGUGUUCUGCUUUCAAGCAAACUAAAUUACCUCAUAAACUUGAUUGUAAAAACCAUAGUUAAGUGAUGGUAACAAAGCGAACCAGUUUAUUUUUAAUCUUUAUUUACAGAAUUUUUGUAUUUAAACCUACAUAUUUGUAUUGUAAUUACAUUGUACAAAAGAUAAAUAAAGUAAUAUAAUAUUA